AUGAUGAACUGGGCCAAAAAGACAAUGGCCAAUGUUGCCGGCACAGCAGAACCAAUCUAUGGACCGUCAGCAAUUAUACCAGUCGGCAAGCAAGCAGAAACCACGCCAUACACUGAACUUUCGAGAGAAGACAUGAAAUGGGUCGCUAUGGACUCAACGAGCGUAGAGACUCAGACUUUCUAUUUCAUGGCUGAUAGUGGACAUAUUGCCAUGGCGCAAAUAAUACACAGUAAUGUUAUUGGCGUGCGAACGACAACUCAGUUCAACUGCAAAAUCUCCUAUCCUAAAGGUAGUUCAAAGCCUAAUCUUUGGAGUUCCGAUCAACUCAGCAACGUCGAAUUCAGCGAUGAUAAAACCUGCUUCUAUGCAGACGAUGUUGCCAUUGAUCUUUCUGAGGAUGGCACAGAAUAUACUAUCAAAUCCAUGACGAAUGAAGCAUCCAUCGUCAACCUCACAGUGACUCGAGUUGCUCCGGGUUUCCAUGUCGGUAAAGAUGGCAAAUCAUAUUAUGGCACAGAUCCAAAGGCUCCUUGGGGCUCGAUGAGACAUGCAUUCUGGCCACGAACUGUCACCAAAGGAUCCAUUACAACCAAAGAUGGGUCAAUAGACUUCAAGGGCAAGGCAUUGUUCAUACAUGCGCUCCAGGGAAUGAAACCACAUCACGCUGCCGCAAAGUGGAAUUUUGUCGACUAUCAAGGUCCACAAUUUUCAGCCAUAAUGAUGGAAUACACAACACCUCCAGCAUACGGUUCUACCGUCGUCAGUGUUGGUGGCAUAGUCAAGGAUGGCGAAAUCAUCUGUGCUGGAGCUGGAAAUACUGCCAAACACACCCGGAUCAAGAAUGAUGAGGAUGCUGGCUGGCCGGAACCAGAGGCUGUCAAAUUUGACUGGCAAGGAAAGACAAAGGACGGAAAAUCCGUUUCUGGUUUAAUCGAAACAGACCUCGAGGAAAGACUCGAUAGAGUUGAUGUCAUGGCUGAAGUCCCUGGGUUUGUAAAGAAAAUCGUGGGCAAUGUUGCUGGAACAAGACCAUAUAUCUACCAGUACUCACCGCGUAGCAAGCCAACAACCUUGAAACUAAAGAUUGGAGAUGAAGAAAUUAUAGAGGAGGGAUUUUUAUACACCGAAGCAACGUUUAUUUCCGAAUGA